GCCCCUCCGCGCCUCCGCCCCGCCCCGCGCCGCGCACAGCCGGGGCUCGCGGCUCUCGACGCGCCGACGGCCGGGCGGACUGACGGACGGGCGGCCAGAAGUGCGGAGCGCCCCGCGGGCCUCGCAGGAGAGGACGCAGUUCAUCCUGAGGCGGCAUCUGGACUGGCCGUGGGACCAUGGCGCUGCUCUGGGAGCCCGCAGGAGCUUGGCUGGCCCUGGCCGUGGCCCUGGCCCUGGGCCCGAGCGCCGGCACGGCGGCCCCGAGGCAGGACUGCACGGGUGUCGAGUGCCCGCCGCUGGAGAACUGCAUUGAGGAGGCCCUGGAGCCGGGCGCCUGCUGUGCUACCUGUGUGCAGCGGGGCUGUGCCUGUGAAGGCUACCAGUACUACGACUGCCUGCAGGGGGGCUUUGUGCGUGGCCGGGUGCCUGCCGGCCAGUCCUACUUCGUGGACUUCGGCAGCACCGAGUGCACCUGUCCGCCUGGUGGUGGCAAGAUCAGCUGCCAGUUCAUGCUGUGCCCGGAGCUGCCCCCCAACUGCAUCGAGGCCGUGCUGGUGGCCGACAGUUGCCCGCAGUGCGGCCAGGUGGGCUGCAUCCACAGCGGUCGCAAGUAUGCUGCUGGCCACACGGUCCACCUCCCGCCCUGCCGGGCCUGCCACUGUCCCGACAGCGGGGGUGAGCUCAUCUGCUACCAGCUCCCCGGUUGCCAUGGAGGUGCCGCUGCCGCCGGGAACUUCUCGGAUGCUGAGGAGGGUGACCCCGAGAGGCACUACGAGGACCCCUACAGCUAUGACCAGGAGGUGGCCGAGGCGGAAGCUGCAGCAGCCCUGGCGGGAGAGCUCCAGGCGGGCCCAGGGGGCCCAGCCGCUCUGGGAGGUGGCAGUCAGCCGUCCUCCGCCAUCCAGGCCACCCCCUGGCCGGCCGCCCUCCCUAGGCCCACGGCGGCUGCUGCCCUGGGUCCCCCGGCCCCCGUGCAAGCCAAAGCCAGGAGAGUGACGGAGGACAGCCACGGGGCAGGGCAGGGGCAGACAGAGGAGCUGACCUUCAGGGAGCAGCCAGCCGCAGGUGGCCCCGGGGAGCUGGAUGGCCGGCCCACUGAAGGCCCAGCUGGGCCUGGUCUCCCUGCCCAGAAGGACAAGGCAGAGGCUAGGGCGGGGCCUGAAGAGAACCUCAUCCCGGAAGCCCAGGUCACUCCCCGCGGGGCCGGGCAAGAGGGAGCCGGGCCCAUUCCGGUGUCAAGCACAGCCAGCGUCCCCCCGACGCAGUCCACACCGAGCUCUCCCGAGGGCACGACGAAGCCCAGUACCCACACCAUCCUGACGACAUCUCCUCGUGAGGCAGCCUGGGUCCCACCUACCCAGGAAGCGCCCAGGCAGCUGCCGGUGCUGCUCCAUUCUCGGCCAGAGGAGGACACGGAUCCCAACUCUGUCCAUUCUGUCCCCAGAGGUAACCCUGAAGUCUCCACGAAGGAUCUGAUCGAGACGUGCUGUGCAGCCGGACAGCAGUGGGCCAUCGACAAUGAUGAAUGCCUGGAAAUCCCCGAGAGUGGCGCUGAGGGUGACGCCUGCAGGACAGCCCAGAAGCACUGCUGCGUGUCCUACUUGAAGGAAAAGAGCUGCAUGGCUGGCGUCAUGGGGGCCAAGGAGGGCGAGGCCUGUGGGGCCGAGGACAACGACACCUGUGGCGUCUCCUUGUACAAGCAAUGCUGUGACUGCUGUGGGCUGGGACUCCGUGUGCGGGCCGAGGGCCACUCGUGUGAGUCGAACCCCAACCUGGGCUACCCCUGCAACCACGUCAUGCUCUCCUGCUGUGAGGGUGAAGACCCCCUCAUUGUGCCCGAGGUCCGCCGGCCUCUGGAACCCGAAGCCGUACCGCGGAGAGUUUCAGAGGCAGAGUUGGCGAGCCGGGAGGCCCUGUCACUGGGCACGGAGACUGAGCUGCCCAACAGCCUGCCUGGCGAUGACCAGGAUGAGUGCCUGCUCCUCCCAGGGGAGCUGUGCCAGCAUCUCUGCAUCAAUACCGUGGGCUCCUACCGCUGUGCCUGCUUUCCUGGCUUCUCACUGCAGGACGAUGGCCGUACCUGCCGGCCAGACAGUGACCCCCCACAGCCGGAGGCCCCAGAGGAGUCCGCGUUGAAACCAGAGUCCUCCCAAGUGGCCUCCAACACCAUCCUGCUACCGCAGCCACAACCCAACACCUGCAAAGACAACGGGCCCUGCAAGCAGGUGUGCAGCGUCAUUGGGGACACAGCCAUGUGCUCCUGCUUCCCUGGCUACGCCAUCAUGGCGGAUGGUGUGUCCUGUGAAGACAUCAACGAGUGUGUGGCAGACCUGCACACGUGCAGCCGGGGAGAGCACUGCGUGAACACCGUGGGCUCCUUCCACUGCUACAAGGCUCUCACCUGUGAGCCCGGCUACGCCUUCCAGGACGGCGAGUGCACAGAUGUGGACGAGUGUGAGCUGGGCAAACACAACUGCCAGGCGGGCUUCACGUGCCAGAACACCAAGGGCUCCUUCUACUGCCAGGCACGGCCGCGCUGCAUGGAUGGCUUCCUUCAGGACCCCGAGGGCAACUGCGUGGACAUCAACGAAUGUACGUCGCUGUCCGAGCCCUGUCGGCCAGGCUUUAGCUGCGUCAACACUGUGGGCUCCUACACGUGCCAGAGGAACCCGCUGCUCUGUGGGCGAGGCUACCAUGCCAGCCAGGACGGGACCAAGUGUGUGGACGUGAACGAGUGUGAGACUGGUGUGCACCAGUGCGGCGAGGGGCAGGUGUGUCACAACCUCCCCGGCUCCUACCGCUGUGACUGCAAAGUUGGCUUCCAGCGGGACGCCUUCGGACGGGCCUGCGUCGGUAGGUGGGCGCUGGUGGCCGGGAGCCCCCGCGUGGGGUCCGGCUGCCCCCGCCCGGCCCUCAGGCCUCCUCCUCCCUCCGCCCUGCUCUGCUGGCACGCUGGGCGGCCCCGGCUGGACCGCCUGCUGCCAUCCUCCCCGGCGGUGCCUCCUUGCUGCUGUCCUCCCUGCUUCUCUCGGUCUUGGUUGCUGCCACCCUCCUUUCUCGCCCCUUGCUGUGUCCGUCUUCAUCCCUGGCUCUGCCUGCAGCCUCCUUCCAACACCCUUGCUGCCUUUCUCGUCUGCCCCGGUCUUUUUGCCUCUCCCGUUCCCUGUCCUGGUUCCUCCCUGUCCCUCCCGGGUGUCUGUGUCCCUGUCCUCACCCAGCCCCCUCUUCUACCUGGGGGUGGGGGGAGCGGGCUCCGGGCCACCCUGGCCCUCGCCACGGGCCACCCACGCCCUGCCCGCCGCUCGCCUGCAGACGUGAAUGAGUGCUGGACCUCACCCGGCCGCCUGUGCCAGCACACGUGUGAGAACACCCUGGGCUCCUACCGCUGUUCCUGCGCCUCCGGUUUCCUGCUGGCCGCCGAUGGCAAGCGCUGCGAAGACGUGAACGAGUGUGAGACCCGGCGCUGCAGCCAGGAGUGCACCAACACCUAUGGCUCCUACCAGUGCUAUUGUCGUCAAGGCUACCAGCUGGCCGAGGAUGGGCACACCUGCACAGACAUUGACGAGUGUGCUCAGGGAGCCGGCAUCCUCUGUACCUUCCGCUGUAUCAACGUGCCAGGGAGCUACCAGUGUGCAUGCCCGGAGCACGGCUAUGCCAUGACGGCCAAUGGGAGGUCCUGCAAGGACCUGGACGAGUGUGCGCUGGGCACCCACAACUGCUCUGAGGCCGAGACCUGCUAUAACAUCCGGGGCGGCUUCCGCUGCCUGCGCUUCGAGUGCCCUCCGAACUACGUCCGCGUCUCCGAAACGAAGUGCGAGCGCACCACAUGCCGUGACUUCCUGGAGUGCCAGAACUCGCCGGCGCGCAUCACGUACUACCAGCUCAACUUCCAGACGGGCCUGCUCGUGCCGGCACACAUCUUCCGCAUCAGCCCGGUGCCCGUCUUCGCGGGCGACACCAUCUCCCUGACCAUCACCAAGGGCAACGAGGAGGGCUACUUUGGCACGCGCCCACUCAACGCUUUCACGGGCGUCGUCUACCUGCAGCGCUUGGUGCGUGAGCCCCGGGACUUCGCCCUGGACGUGGAGAUGAAGCUCUGGCGUCAGGGCUCCGUCACCACCUUCCUGGCCAAGAUGCACAUCUUCUUUACCACCUUUGCCCUGUGAGACGCCUGCCCGCCUGUGCCCGCCUGAGCGCCCCGCGGGGGCGACGGAACCCCAGGAUCCUCCUGCUGUGUCCCUGCACCAACCCGUGCGCCCCCUGCCGGUGCACACCUUUCCGUGGUUGCUGAACACCGCAUGUGUGGGGCCGGGUGACGGUGGUGUUUUUACUAUAACUCUGUAAAUUAACUUAAUUUUGCUGACUUGAUUCCUACUGAAUUCCUGGGCCUCUCCCGUGCCCCAACCCGAGGGAGGAAGCUUUGAGGGCAGUUCAGGGUCACUGUAGGUGCUCUGUGGGUGGAGUCAGAGGGCCAAAGGCCGAACAGUGACUGAAGAGGAAACACAGCAGCCACGACGGGGUGUUUGGACUUCACUGGGUGACCUGUCCCCAAAGUUGAUAUUCCAUUUCAUAUCCCACUGUGAUUUGCUCUUUACUUUAAAAAAAAAAAAAAACCAUGUUAAGUGUUUUGUUGAAUUGUAGUACGUGCACAUUGCAAAAAAAUAUAUUCAAAUAGUAACAAAGGGUUAUAAAGUGAAAAAAGAAAAAAGUUUA